AAGUAUUUGAAACGCCUUUUAAAAUGUUGUUUUUUGUCAUUGAUUGUUUGAAUUUUAUUGUGUUAAAUGGACUAUAUUUGAAUUUUUUAAUGAAUGACCAAAAUAAAAAAAUAUAUACAGACUUCAUAAAAUACCGGAGAAGGAGAUUGGAGAUGCAGGUUUGUCUGGUGAAUUUAUCAGCUGCUAAUGAUAAAUAUUUGGUCCAGUGUUAUCUCCCCCAAAGGUCCAGCGCAUGAGAGGAGAAUAUUUUUCAUAAUUGAUGUCGAAAUGAAGCCUCGUGACUCACAGAUUAUAAUCACCGAAGAGGACCGACAUCAUCCACUCCAUCAGUGCGUAAAAACCCCGCAAAGUGCGCAAACGGACCAUUGAAGCAUCAAUAGGGAACGACUGUUCUCUGCUCUGCAUCAACUCAAAUAAUACAACAGCGAGCUGUUUACUACCUGCACACAAAUAGUUAUUAUAUUUAGUCCACGCAGGAAGGUUUCAGCUUUCAUAUUUUUACGCAGAGGACUUUGGAUGAAAUUACGCACGGGUUCUUUAGGCAUUGAUGGAGCUCGUUAAACUUAUUCUAAUAGCUGCGCUGCUUCUUACAAAUGUCUGCAGUCGAGACGUGGAUGUUGAUAACUGGAGAGAAGGCUUCGAGGAGAACAAAUGGCCAAACUCUGGAGGAGUUCAGGAUGUCUUAGGAAGGAUGGCCAGAAAACUGGGACCACGCCAAUAUCUAGGACUCUUGGGGAAGAAAGAAUUCGCGAAAACGCAGACAGCACGUAAACGGCAUAAAUUUCAAACCUUCGUUGGUCUGAUGGGUAAAAGGGGAUUUGAGGAUCAAGGAACCUUUUGAGCUGCGAACAAGACUGAAGAUCCAUGUCUUAUUUAUUCAUUUUACUUUGUUUAAUUUCAUUUUUUUGACGGGUCUGUUUGUGAUUCUUUCAUAACAUGUCAAAUGUAACAAAUUGAAACUGUCUCCAAUGCUUAGAUAUGAGAAACAGCGCCAUCUAGCGUUUGAAUAAAAUGUUGAAAACUGUAAUUUGUAAAUGCA